AUGGAGUUGGUUAUAGGUCAAGAAUUUAGAACUAAGGAGGAAGCACAAGUUCAUAUUCAGACGGCUUCUCAUCAGAAAUGUUUUGAGUAUGAGAUAAUUAAGUUGGAUAGAGUGAGAUAUGUGAUAAAAUGUCGAGGAGCGAAAGACGGCUGCAAGUGGUUUGUGCGAGGUGCAAAGCUAGUGGACUCAGGUCAUUGGACAGUUAGAAGUUACAUCAAGCAGCAUACAUGUUCUGUUGUUACUACAAGAACACUGCCUAAUAGAAGGAGAGGCACACCACAAAUCGUUGCGGCUAUGUUAGCUGAAGAUUAUCCCAGUAGUUUUGACACACCAGUUCCCAAUACUCUGAUCAAUUUGGUUCAUUGUAGGGUUUGUCUCCAUGUAUCAUACCCAACAGCAUGGAGAGGAAGAAGACAAGCUGCUAAUGAAGUGCGAGGAAGUCCAGAAGAGAGCUUUUCUUUAUUACACAGUUACAUGUACAUGCUCGAGAAGAAAAAUCCUGACACAGUAACUCGUGUGGUAGUGGAUGAGGCCAACAAAUUUAAGUAUGCGUUUUUUGCCUUGGGAGCUAGCAUAGAAGGGUUCAGCGUGAUGAGGAAAGUCCUCAUCGUGGAUGCAACACACCUCAAGAAUGUUUAUGGUGGAGUUCUACUUGUUGCGACUGCUCAGGAUCCUGAUCAUCACCACUACCCAAUUGCUUUCGGUGUUGCAGAUGGUGAGAAUAAUGAUAGUUGGAUGUGGUUUAUGGAACAGUUGAAAUCAGUGAUAUCCGAUGUCCUGGGAUUGGUUUUUCUUUCAGAUAGAAACAAAAGCUUGAUGAAGGCAGUAGGCCUAGUGUUCCAUGCAUUUAAGUUUAUGGAGUGCGCACACGCUUAUACAGAGGCUGAGUUCUUAAACCUUUAUCAUGCUUUUCGCAGAAAGUAUCCUACUGCAGCGACGUAUCUCGACAAAAAUGUUGAAGAGACGAAAUGGGCUAGGUGUUACUUUGAAGGAGAUAUGUACAAUGUUGACACCAUCAAUUCAGUAGAAUCUUUUAAUGGUGUAAUUUAG